GGUGACGGCUCCGCCCUCCCACCAAGUAGGUGUAGGCACCAGGUUGGCCAAGCUCGCCUGCUUGUAGUGGGCACUGCUUCUGGAGGCUGAGGUUGGAGGACCACUCCCGGAAGAUGCAACUCCAGGGCCUGGUGUUCGUUUUCACCAUUGGGAUCCUGCUUUCUCGGGUGCCCACGGGAACUGUAUCAGCUGUGGAUCCUGAAGUCAACAUGAAUGUGACCGAGAUAAUCAUGCGCUGGGGAUAUCCUGGUGAGGAACACUCGGUCCUGACAGGAGAUGGCUAUAUUCUGAGUAUUCACCGAAUCCCUCGUGGGCGGAAGAACCAUUUUGGCAAAGGUCCCAGACCAGUUGUGUAUCUUCAGCACGGCUUGCUGGCAGAUUCUAGUAACUGGGUCACAAACAUUGACAACAGCAGCUUGGGCUUCCUCCUGGCGGAUGCUGGCUUUGAUGUGUGGAUGGGAAACAGCAGAGGAAACACCUGGUCUCUGAAGCACAAGACUCUUUCAGUUUCUCAGGAUGAGUUCUGGGCCUUCAGUUUUGAUGAGAUGGCAAAAUAUGACCUACCUGCUUCAAUUAACUACAUUUUGAAUAAAACUGGCCAAGAACAAAUCUAUUAUGUGGGUCAUUCUCAAGGCUGCACCAUAGGUUUCAUAGCUUUUUCACAGAUGCCUGAGUUGGCAAAGAAGAUUAAAAUGUUUUUAGUCUUGGCUCCCGUGUUGUCUCUCAAUUUUGCUUCAGGCCCGCUACUUCAAUUGGGACGCUUGCCAGACCCUCUUCUCAAGGACAUGUUUGGACAGAAGCAAUUUCUCCCUCAGAGUGCGAUGCUGAAGUGGCUGAGCAUUCACGUUUGCACCCACGUCAUCAUGAAGGAGCUUUGCGCAAACGUCUUCUUCCUGCUAUGUGGCUUCAAUGAGAAGAAUUUAAAUAUGUCUAGAGUGGAUGUGUAUACAACACACUGCCCUGCGGGAACUUCUGUGCAAAACAUGUUACACUGGGGUCAGGUUUUUAAAUACCGUAAGCUUCAAGCUUUUGACUGGGGAAGCAGUGAAAAGAAUUAUUUUCAUUACAACCAGAGUUUUCCUCCCUCGUACAACAUAAAAAACAUGCGUCUACCCACUGCUUUGUGGAGCGGGGGCCGGGACUGGCUGGCAGACAUCAAUGACAUCACUAUCUUACUGACUCAAAUCCCCAAGUUGGUGUAUCACAAGAACAUUCCUGAGUGGGACCAUCUGGAUUUUAUCUGGGGUUUGGAUGCCCCCUGGAAACUGUAUGAUGAAAUAAUCAGUCUAAUGAAGAAAUACCAGUGAAUGCUGGACUUGAAUACUUCCCCUUCAAUAGAGGGGGGAAAAAAAAAAACAGGUGUUUGCUUAAUUUCUGUAAAAUCCUUGUGUUUUCCUUGCCUAGGUCAUUUGUAUUUUUUAUGUGCAAGAAAAUGAUGACGUCGAAGGUGUACAUUGCUCUCUGGUUAAUAAGAAGCACGCUAGCUGUCUUAUGCUUCAUUGUGACUGACUAGCAAGCGUCCACAACCAGUGAUGCCUUUUAAGUGUCUCUGUGAUCCUUUUGUUUACCUUUUACAGUUGUUUUCGGUGCAUAUGUGCUGUGCAUAUAUGUGCCUAAGUGUGUGUGGGCUGUGUUCUGGCCCUUGUGUGGAGGUAAUGGCUCACAUCAAGGUGUCUUCCUCAGUUACUUCCCAUCUUACUUUUUGAAACAGGGUCUCUUGCUGAACAGGGAGCCUGCUAUUUCAGUUACACUGGUUGGCCCAUGAGCCUCCAGGAUCUGCCUGUCUCUACCUUCCCCCUCACCAAUGCGGUGGAAUGGGGUGUCUGUCCCAGCCGGCAUUUUUACCCUGAUUCUAGGGACAGGAACUCAGGUUCUCAUGCUUGUGUAGCAAGCCCUUCACUCACCGAAUCAUUGCCUCAAACCUUCUGCAGUAGACCAAGCUACUCAGUUGCUUUUAUAUUCCUGCCCAACACAAGUGAGCACACACAGGACAUUUCAAGCUGUUGUUUGCUAGCAAAAAUAAGUCUGCCAGUGACCUGAACACACGAUGAAAAGCUCCUUGCUCUGAGCUUCAUGUGGCAGUGCAAACCUACAAUCCUAGUUCUCCAGAGGUUGAGACAGGAAGGCUGCUGUAGGACUUAGGGUUCAUCUAGAAAGCGAGACUUUGUCUCUAGAAAACCAAAGACAAAGGAGGAAAAAAAAAACCCAAAGUACUCAGUUCUCAUCCCUUUGCCUUAGAGGACUGUCUAGCCCAGAGUUCCUGUGUUUACCUAUCCAAACAACAUUUUCAUGUUUUAAUGCAUUAGCUUCCUAGUGAAAUCCAGUGUAAUCCCAGCUUCUCCAGGAAUAAAUAUCCUCUCUUCAGUUUCAUCAGACCUCAAUAACAAAAUUUUUCAGGCCAAGCCCCCCCCCCCCCCCCAAAUAAGCGUAGACUCUUGAAAAGCAGUUUGCACUGAUUAAAAAAAUUAAAAAAAAAAAACUUGAAGAUUAAUACAAUGAGCUCUGUUGGUUCCGAAUGUGUAGUCUGGUCACUUUUCUGUGGAGAAACAUUCUGUGGAGGGACAAACCACUGAUUUGCCAGAAGCGAAUAUGGCUGCCGUGACGGUGCCUGCAUGAAGCUAAAGCUGGUUGUGGUGGCAAGUGGUCCGAUUCCCUUUCACACAAAUGAUGUUUUCAGACAGAGCUCGGCUCAGGAAUUUCGCUUUGAGAAUCAGUGUUGUAUGCACAAUGUUUUACUGAGCCUGCUUUGCUCCUGCGUACAGGAAGCCCACAUCUGUUCACUUGGCUUGCUGGCGAUGGCUGUCACCACUAGACAGUUGAUAAGUUUUCUGAUAUUCUGAUAUUAGGUACCACGGAUGCAGGAAUAUUACUUGAUAUUGGCUCAUACAGACAGGCAGAAUGAUACAACUUUGUAACAAUUUAAAGGUUUGUAUUUAAACUUUUCAAUAAAUCUCAGCCUCAUAGGCCUGAA